AUGAACGACAACGAGGACGCGAGCCGCAUGAUGGACCACCUGCUUUUCGGGAUCGAUAGGCGGGUGGGGUCAGUACUCAUCUAUGCAAUCGAGGGCCCGGAGAUAACGCUGUCAGCUCCAGAGUCAGGUCUAACCACCAUUUUCAGAUUGGGAAACCCCGAGCCUCGAGAAUGUCUCGAGUCAUCAGUCUUCAGCUCACUGCCUUGUGUGGUUGCAAGGGCAGGUUCGAGGUCAUGA